CUCUCAAGCGCUGCCGAGGACCGUAAAGCUCGUCUGGCCGCCCUCAAAUCUCUCAAGCGCAAACAACCCUCGGAACCUACAGAAACAGACGACAACACCCCCACAGAUCAAGAUACUUCCUCAGAACACCUUCAAGACGUCUCUUCCGUACUCCUCUCAGGCCGCAACUACGAUGCCGCAACGCGCGCCCCAAAACUCGGUUUCGAGAAUGACCCUUCGGCCCAGGAAAACACCCUAGAGAAAAAAGCACAAGAGCUGGCAGAAGCAACAAAGAAGCAAGCAGAACAGGAGGACCAACAAGAUAAACCUUUGGAUCUGUUCAAGCUGCAGCCCAAAAAGCCAAAUUGGGAUUUGAAGCGCGAUCUGGACCGCAAGUUGGACAUCUUGAACGUGCGCACCGACAACGCCAUUGCAAAAUUGGUCAGGCAGAGGAUAGCUGCUACCCAGGCUGAGAAGAGGAAAGCUACUGGUGUGGCAAACGAUGAGGGCGAAGCUGUUGGCAUGGAAGGCGCAGAGCUGCUCGAAGCUACCAAUCUGAGAGAAAAGGAGGAUGAAGAAGAGGCUAGACGGGAGGACGAA